GUUGUGUCUAUGCUAGGCAAUGUUGUGACAAUAAUACCGGAUAAAAAUGAACAGAUGAAGGGAUACUGAUAUAGAAAUGGCAGGAACAAUUAAAUCACAGGGAGGAAGCAGUAGCACUGAGUAUAGAGCUAUAAUAGUUCACACAUAUGGUGGAACGGACCUUGCAAAAGAAGUAGAACGGAUACUCACUGGAGAAAAGGAGACAGUAAAACGACUACUGACAUGCAGGAAAAAAACAAAGAUUCGUGGAAAAAUGGCUGAGGCAUAUGCAAUUAUGGAUGGUAAAAAAGAAACAGAAUUCAGAAUGAACUCUGAUAAUGACCCAACUGAUAAGUCAAUGUCAUUUAUAAUAGAUGAGCUCACCAAAAAGAUUACCAAAUCGAAAGUGUGUAUAUUUAUCGUAGCAGCAGAUACUGUGACAGAUGAGUGGCGAAAGUUUGAAAUCGACACUUUAAUUAAUCUUAAAGAAAGUGGAAUAUUAGUUAAUUUGAUCAUUGUAGUAAACCAUGGAACACCUAUUGAGAUGAUACCGAUUAAUCUAAUCAAUGCAUCAAACCAAGUUUCUCCAAGCAGUCCGAGGUUCUCUAUGGAACUAGUUAAUGCUCUCACAGCUUCUUAUAAAUCUCCUCCAAACAGUUCUCCUCUAACCAGCUUAGAUCCAACAAAUCCAUCCAGCGGUGACUUGACUCUCAAUAUCCUAAAAUCUGGAUAUCCUUUAGCAAUUUUUCUUCAGAGCCCUGACCCGAAGAAUCUAUGUAGUCAAUGCCAACUGGUAUUGCGUCUCCCCCGCCAGAGUAUGUGUGGACACAGGUUCUGUAGUCCAUGUAUAGAAGAACUCUCAAAGAAGGGGGAAAAAUGUGCUCCUUGCUUUGAGGAAGAAAGUGUUGAAUAUUUUCUAAAUUUUGUAGAGCGGUCAUUUCCUGAUGCUGCCACAAGACGUGAUUUAAGAAGAUUAGAAGUUGCUUGCAUCAAUGAGAACUGCCAAUGGAAGGGAAGACUAGGUGACUAUGAGGAUCAUAUGGAAACCUGUGAAUAUCAGCAAAUGGCAUGCACAAAAUGUGGUAUCAUUAUGCUGAGAUCCCAUUUGGAUGACCACAUUCGAACAAAAUGUGAUAUGCGAGAUGCCACAUGCAAGUUUUGUAAAACUAUUGUUCCCUUCAAACAACUGGAGCCUGAACAUUUCAAGAUAUGUGAGUUAUUCCCAUGUAAAUGUGAAGUAUGCGGCAAGAAGAAGAUACCCAGAAAUAAGAUGGAGCAACACAAGAAAAAUGAGUGUGCAGGAUCGAGUGAUUUGUGUGAAUUCGACUGUAACAUGAAGAUUGAAAAGCAAAAGGUUGAUAAACACAAUCAGGAGAACAUCACUAAACACUUGGAUAUCCUCCUUGAGAAAGUCAUUGAACUUCGAAAUGGAGACACCAAAACUACUUUCGACCAUGUGGAAAAAUUAAUGAAUACUGUAGAAAAGAUAGAAAAGAGAAUGAAGCAAAUUGAGGAAAAAAUUGAAACAUCUUUGGGAGCCUCCGGGAUGCCAUCUGCGACUUCAGAAAGUAAAAAGAUCGAGGAUCUAGAGCGAAGAGUUGAAGAAUUAGAGAAAAAGGUAUCAAAUUUUGAAACCGUAGCUGCAGUUCUAAAUCGAGAAAUUAAAAAAUCUCAAGAAAAGCUACAACAACAUGAAGUCCAAGUUCAAAAUAACCUCGAGGUGAUUAGCACUCUAACCACAAAAAUUACUGAUCUUGAGAGAAUUGCCGCGAUGAAAGAUAUCAAAUUACGUGAUGUUGAAACCAAAUUCAAAGAGUUAGAGUUGACAUCGUAUGAUGGUACCCUGACAUGGUGCAUAGAUGAUUUCAACAAGAAGCGUAAAGAUGCGAUGUCAGGAAUGGCUGCGAGUUUCUACUCACCGCCAUUUUAUUCGGAACGACAUGGCUACAAAAUGUGCUUGAGGAUUUACCUCAAUGGGGAUGGACUGGGGAAGAAAACCCAUGUUUCAUUAUAUUUUGUGCUCCUCAAAGGUCCUUAUGAUGGAAUUCAAAAAUGGCCGUUUCAACAUAAAGUAACGUUUAUUAUGAUCGACCAAGGACCAACAGGUGCACAUCUGAUUGACGCGUUCCGCCCGGAUGCAACUAGUGCAUCCUUUAAGCGUCCGACAACAGCCAUGAAUGUAGCAUCUGGGUGUCCGCUGUUCUGUGCACUCUCCCAGAUAGAUAACAAAGACUUUGCCUAUUAUAAGAAUGAUACCAUGUAUAUUAGAGUUCGGGUGGAAGAAUAAUGUUAUUAAAAUAAAUCAGAUCAAGGUGAAGCAAAUCCCAUCAAACAUCUUGUAAGUGUCAGACAAGACUGCCCUUUGACAUAUAACAAACAAUUUAACACCUACCAAUUUACACCUACAAAAAUGGCCACCAUGACUGCGGAGAGUAAUUCUCCAAAAUGUAACGGAAACAGAUCUGUUUUCGUAACAAAUUGAUGCAGCUGCAAUUUUACUUUUUCCAUGAAUAAAACACACUCCUUUUUAGGAUGUAAGUUUGCGAUUUAUUCAAUUUCGCCAAAUUAAAUUAAGCGUUGCCAAAUUAAGCGUCGCAUUCGGUGAUGCAUUCAGUAAUGUAUAU